CGGUCACCUCCACCACUCAAAUUGCCUCAAGUUUCAUGCCCCCUGCUUUAAAGCAGAGGUUCAGGCAUGCAUGCAGCAAAGAGAUUGGGUCCGAAAGGGUAAUUCAAAGCUGAAUGUCGUAGAAAUUUUAUGCGAAUUUGAGAUUUACUCUUGUGAGUUAAAUUUCGCUUACAAGUAAUUCUCGUUUGCAGUACAUCUCUCUCUGUCUCGCGUCAGGGUAACCCAGUUGUUAUUUAAUGGAGAACGCGCUCACUUUGCCUCCCAAGAACCCGUUGCAGCCAGAAAACACAGUACUCGACUGCAAAACACCGCCCCAGAAUCGACAAAAUGAUCAAAAUGAUCGAAACUCCGGCAAUGAGUUACGCAAACCUACCACCCCGGACCGCCUUAAAGUCCCCAAGGCAUUCAAAUACCCCGAAAGGUAUAGAAGCCCAACGGAUUCGAUGAUGUCCCCGGUUACAAAAGGCCUUCUUGCCAGAAGCAGAAAGGGUAGCGUGCUUUUACCACCUAGUUUAAAUCAGACCAAGAUUCAGGAUUUGCGAGCUCAGGAUGUCGGUCUCUUUGAAAGUUAAAGUGUUGAAGCUGUUGGAUAAAGCUCAAGAUCAGAUGGAUUUCUUGAUCCAAAUGGUUGUUUGACAAAUUGGAAUUAUUUCAUUUUAAAUUCAAGUAAAUCUGAUGGGAUUUUAUCUGCCGAACCCUCCCUAAAUAUUGCUUUCAAUUUCUGUAAGAUGGGUGUAAUGUGAUUCUCCAAGGCUUUUUUUUUUUUUUUUUUUUGUGUAAUUCAAAUAAAGAAAUAUUUCAGUCCAACAAAUGCUUUGUUAUGAAAUUGAUUGACAGCUA